UUAAUUGUGUGACCACCAGGAAAAAUGAAAUAAAAUUGGGCCAAGAGCAACAAUUGAAUCUACAAUUUAAAUUAUGAUUUAGUUAACUUAAUCCAACCUAGAAAAAAAAAGACAAGAAGAAGAAAUUAAAUUAUGGUUAAUCAGAAACAAGUUAAUUGUGGUAAAUUGUCACCAUCAUCACAAACAAAAUCAACACAAUCAAAUUUAAAUCAUCUAUGGAUUUGUAAUGUUAACAAAUUGUUACCAAAUUGGAUUCCAACAGCAUUGAAAAGUAAAUUGUUAAUCCGAUUGAUUAAAUUGUUCACAAUUUUAUGUUUCAUUCUGGUGAUUGGAAGGUUAAUUUUAUCAUUUCAUGUUACUUUUUACCUAAUUAGACUCAUCUUGUUAAAGGUUAAAUUUUUUUGGGAUUGGUCUUAUGUAAACCAGGAACACUGUUUACUUUACACCAACAAUCAACCAUUAAUCUUAAUUAAACAACAACAACAACAACAACAUGAUGAUGAGUCUAAACAGAGUGAAAAAUAUUCAUCAACAAUCAACCGUUUACCUUUACAAUGUUACUCAUGUCAAGAUUUAAUCCAGAUUAAAAGAUUAUCUUUAUCAACUCAUUCCAGAGACCAAAUAAUUGAAGAUAAUAUUUUAAACAGGAUACCAUUUAUUGUUUCAUUAACACCAUCAAAUGAUAAUCAUAAAAACAACAAUAACAAUUUAACCAGUAAACCAAAUUACGAUAUUAAUAGUAGUAACCCUAUUAAUUCUUGGCCCAUAUUAUCAAAUCAUCAACCACCAAUUGAGAUUCUCAGCAAGGUAUACUCAAAAUUGGACAAUGAAGAUUAUGUUUGUUUAUUUGCUUCAAAUAUUCAAGUUAAUUCACCCAAUCGACUUUUCCACCGACUCAGACAACAAUCAACUCUUUCCACUUCUUGGUUUGCCCAUUGGGAAAAUUGUGUCUCAAUCUCAAAGAAAGCAAUCAGAUCGUUGUAUUCACGGCCACAAUUCAUUCCAAGUUUCAUUGAAUUAACUCAUUCUAAUUGGAUUAUAAUCUCUGGUAACAAUUAUACCGCCAAAACUUGGAAACUGAUUGAUGUCAUACAAUCAACCAAACUUGGUAUUCUUAUUCAACUGGUUGGCUCUAAUUUGAUCAAAUUAACACCAAAAACUGAUUGUUAUCAAGCUGGUUGUGAUCCUAUUGAGACAACAAUUAACUCAUUCGAUACUUUGAUUUACAAUACAUUUGUUUGGAAAUUAUCAUAUCAACCAAGCAAUUGUUCAAACAAUUUAGCUUUACUUUUAGGAGGAUCUCAUGAAACUUAUUAGAUUAGAUAUUAAAAACAGUAAAAACAAUUAAUUAAUCAGUCAACAACAUUAUACACCAAAUAAAUGAGCGGGAUUCAGGAAGAGAUAAACUUCAAAUUAUCCACCAGAUGGCGACUCAGUAAAUACCCAAAAUAUUAUCCAAAUUAAUUGUGUUUCCUCAAAAAUAACUCAUCAAUUGACUAUACAAAAAAUUGAUUAAUUAGUCAUCGACUUAAUUGUAUCGUAAUUGAAUUAAAAAGUCAACCAAAAAUUGGAUUCACUUGACAAUUUAUCCCAAAAAAGAACAAGUGUAUCAGGUGGUCUUUAAUUAAUCCGUUAGAUGGAGUAAUCACUUGGCUCAUAUUCUUCAGACUUAACUGCGCAUGCGCAGUCACUGUGUUGCUCGAUCUUCAUGUUAGUUCAUUUUCUCUCAUCUUCACUUAUCACAACUCAAGUUCUCUCUCUCUCUUUCUCUUUCUUUCUUAUUUUUUUUCCUUCUCUUCUCUUUUUAAUUGUCUCUUCUCUCUUUCUCUCUCUUGUGUAAUCUAUUUUUUUUUUAUUCUUCUUUCUAAAACAAAAUUUGAUAUUAACACAAUUUUGCAUUAGAAUUAAUAAUCUUCGUAAUUGUUUUGUAUGCCAAGUGGAGUAAUUUAUAUAUAAACUUGUUUGCAAAAUAUAUAUUCUAUUUUGAUAUUGUUUUUCGAGUUGAUUUUCUUUUUCUUUUUCAUCUCUUCUGUGUGUUUUAUAUUUUACACUCAUUGUCAUCAUCAUCAUCCUCACCAUCCUCAUCAUCCUCUCACCCAUCA